AUCUGGUUACUGAAGGUUAACGAAAAGUAUUGCGAAAUUAUACUCCUGAAUCUUUCUGCCUCGCAACGCGCGUUAUGCUUCCCUAUUUACUCUUCGUCUGAGCUCGGUAUUUAUCUACUUGUGCUACUCGCACAGCCGAAACUCUCUGAGAGAUUAAAAAGCGAUAAAUUACACGCGUGGAUAACGGACGUGAGGGAUAUUUGGCUUAGAAAUCAUCUCGGGAGGGAUCCGUUUAGCGCCGUAUCCGAGUUAGAGACCACAUCCGUCAGGCAACCUACAGCAGAUUACUACUACGAUCGAGUUUUAUCCCAGGGACAGAGGGAAGGGGAGAGAAGCCAAGAAAAAGGAUCGAAAGGAUUGGGGCCGUCUGAAGAUUUCGGACAAAAGCGGAGACGAAGAACACCAGGACCCAGCCGGCCUAAUGAAAAAUCACCUGUUACCCAAGGAAACCUGCUGCCGAGAACACUUGAUCCGUUUAUCGAGUUAACGCGGAUGCCCGAAGCUUUUCCAGAAUUAACUCUCUAG